UCGAAAUAGUAGCAGUGUGUAACAGCAAUAUUAUUCGCCACAAAUAGGCUACAAGUGGGAAUGUUGUCAAUUGACAAAAAACAUUUAACAAGCUAAAUAACAUAUUCAGGUAACAAUUUACCCGACCACUUAACUAACUACCUGACGGACUUAUUGGUCAUCCUAUUUAUAUGAACCAUAAUGGAGCAGUACCAUGUUUUGGAGAUGAUAGGGGAAGGCUCGUUUGGCCGAGUCUACAAAGGUCGACGGAAAUUUAGCGGACAGGUAGUAGCUUUGAAGUUCAUCCCUAAAGUGGGCCGCUCCGAUAAAGAGUUGCGUUGUCUGAAAAGAGAAAUAGAGAUCAUGAGAGGACUGAAGCAUCCCAACGUAGUUCUGCUUCUGGACAGUUUUGAGACACACACAGAGGUGGUGGUGGUGACUGAGUAUGCUGAAGGUGAAUUAUUUCAGAUCCUGGAGGAUGAUGGAAGUCUACCUGAAAGUCAGGUGCGUACGAUAGCCUGCCAGCUGGUAUCAGCCCUUUAUUACCUGCACUCCCAUCGUAUAUUGCACCGCGACAUGAAACCACAGAACAUCCUUCUGGGCAAGGGAGGAGUAGUGAAGCUCUGUGACUUUGGAUUUGCACGGGCAAUGAGCGUGUCCACCUUGGUGCUGACCUCCAUUAAGGGCACUCCUCUGUACAUGUCUCCGGAACUGGUAGAGGAGAAACCCUACGACCACACUGCUGAUCUGUGGUCUUUGGGCUGCAUCCUGUAUGAGCUCCACACAGGGGCGCCACCAUUCUACACCAACUCAAUCUUUCAACUUGUGCAGCUUAUUGUGAAGGAUCCAGUCAGAUGGCCGGAGAACAUGAGCCAGGACUGCACGAGUUUUCUGAAGGGGUUGUUAACUAAAGAUCCUCAGAAAAGACUGGCCUGGCCUGGCCUACUUCACCAUCCUUUUGUUGCAGAUGGAGUCAUAGUGUUGCCAGACGAGGGUUCAAGCAGCCCGCUGACUGUAACACCUACUCCAGACGUCCAGGCUUUGAAGCAGCAGCAGGUGGCUAAAAAAGCAACACCCCGCAGUGGAGAGGGCAAAUUACUGCGCAAAGCCAGAGACCUGCAGGGAAAAAAGCAUAAGAACAAACAGGACCAGGUAGAGAAUGGGAAGACACUCGUUAACAGCAAACCUUGCUUCAAAACUGCCCCGGCUGGAGGAGCCCCCACCAGCACCCGCUCAUUGGGCAGCACCUUUACAGUGUGUCGAAAUUCGGCUCAUCCAGCAGCCAAUCAGCAUCAUACCAAUGACAUUGGUGUUGCCAGGGUAAACUCGGCUCCAUGUAAGGGUCCUAUUAGCAGGGACUAUGAGAGGGAAUUUCCUUCUGUUGAGGUGGGACCCAGGCAAAUAGUGAGACGCUCCAAAUCUGGACAUACCAGCCUGGCUUCUGUUAGGAUGGACAGUGAUGAUCAAGACGUUAACAGUGAUGAAGAGUGGCAGCGAUUGGCUGAACUGACAGAUUGUCUCAAUGACCUGUCUGUCCCUGUGGACCCCUCUAUUUAUCAGAAACUGAAGAACAAGCUCCUGACAACCAAGGACCAGCUUCAUUACGGGGUGUUGAACGAGCACUCUGCUAUCCUUCAGCCUCUAAAGAUCCUCACUAAUAUAAUCCAGACGUCUGAAACUGCAGAUGACAAGAGAGAGGAUGAAGAAUUGAAUCUACUCCACAUUUUGAUUGGUCUGAUUGAGAUGUUUCUUAGCAGUGCUCAUGUGAUGAAGAAGCAAUUGAGUGAACAGGUGUUGGGGGAGCUGAUGUCUGUGCUUUUGCUAAUUUGGGAGAGAAACCCAGACUGGGAAUUAAAUGAGGAAAGAGCUAAAGAUCUGUGCCAGCUGUUUAUGUCCAUAUUACUUCGUCCUGAACCGAACCUCUUAGCACCACUAGCAGCUGCAGUGUUAAGCCUGUUUGUUCAUCGUGGUGUGUAUGUUAAUGUCCACAUAGACACACUGACAGCUGUUUUGAAGGUUUUACUGUCAGAACCAGAGAAGUCUCAUUACCCUUUACCUGCUGGCUGGGGCAUGUGCGAUGGUGUCCUGGCAUUAUUUCUUUCUGUCUUUGAGCAGAAUACGAGUGAUGUCCUGCUUGAUUUUUUAAACUCUGAAGUUUGCAGUCAGUUGUGGACUAAAAUUGGCACUAUACUAGAAAGCUCAGCACCCAGAGCAGACUUUCUCUCAGUUAAUGGUCUCUCUACUAUUUUGUCUGUUGCUUUGUUUGCCUUUUCCAAAGAGCCGUAUGACUGUGUGCCGUAUUUGUUCGACAACAAAACAUUCACUUCCACUCUCAUUCACUUAUUGUCUACUGAUAGCAGCUUAGCAGACUCUAAAAGGGGUCUCCUGUGGGGCGGCUCUGAUAUGAAUAGCCUAUCUGAGAUGAGCUGCCACCUACUCUGCUUUCCGUUUACUUUGGAGCUGCCCCAGGAGAAAAUGGCAGUAAUUCUCGACUCAUAUCAAAAGCUGAAUAUAGUUGCAGAGUUAGUUCAGGUGAUUCAGAUCCAGCCACUGGCUUUUUUAGAGCUUCCUCUUUUACUGUUGUGCCAUCUUUGCCUCUCCUGUCCAGAGUACACAGUUCCAAGCUUUAUCACAGCAGCCCAAGCCUAUGGUUUUCUCCCCCAGAGCACAGAGCCUAGCCAAAAUCUAAACCUAAAUCACCUCACCCAGUCCGGGAGCACAGCAGAGCAGCCAAAACGUAAUGGCAUCCCUCAUAAAGGCAGGUUAGACUUGGCCAGAGGAGAUGAGGAUCAGCCUCAGAGAACCAUACACACGAUAAAGGGGAGUGUUAAAUGUCUGGCCACGAGGGAUCCCUCUAAAGUACAGUCUUUGCUUACCAAAAGCAAGUCUGGGAAAUUAAAGGAAAGAGAUCAGUCAAAUAUUAAGCAAAAUCCAAGAAUGCUGAGCAUGGAACAUCUUCAAGAUAGUAUAGAGCAGAGGAUGAAUGUUAUGGAGGAACCUUUAGACAGUUUGGAGCUUCAGAAUGGCUUUUCAGACCAUUUAAAACAUCUUACACAGCACAAAAGGGAAAUGAGUUGGCUUAUCGACAGUUUAGAACAGCCGAAGGAUGGCAUGUGCAGCAAUACUGGAAAUAAGGAUAGUCACAGGGCAUCACUUGUCAAUGGUCAACUUCAAGCCAAGGUUAGAACAGCAAGUUCACUUCUGUUCAAGCUGCUGCAAAGUGAAUCACUGUGUGGGUGUGCAGUGCAGCUUCUCACUUUGCUUUUUCAAACUUGCCACUCCAGAUACACACCUGAUUCAACCUGCUUUGGCCUACCUGUUGACCCAGCUGUGCUUCGAAUGGCCUUGUGCCACCGUGAUGAUGGCGUACGAGCAGCUGGCUGUAACCUCCUGACUUGCGUAGAACCAUAUUUGGAACAAGACUACAUUAGACAAAAGGCACACCCAAUUUGGACCAUAGAACCUGCAUUGUUCACGGACUUGAUAAGUCUUCUGUCUGAUUCGGCACCAUCUGUUCGCAGGAGUGCCUGUAAGGCUGUAGAAAGGUGGCUAGGCAUUAUUGAAAAACAAUUCAGGUCUAAGGCCUCCAAGCAGGACUUACAAAAAGAACCUGGUAAAAGGAGGACAAUGAGUGCUCCAGCAGUAACAAGCACAGGGCAAAGAGUGAGAAGGGUCGAGGGUAUCAAACAUGGUCUAAAGGAAGCCCCUGGCUUGCCCCUAAGUUCUAAAGAAGAGGAGAAUUGGCUCAACGUUGCAAUGGGAGCAGCAACUCCUGCAGUUUCUCUUCUCUCUGAUUCUGAUGCAGUCAUUCGUCGGCAUGGCUGUGUUCUCCUGGGUAACCUAGCUGCCAUUGCAGGAGGUGAAAAGAUGCUAAUCUGUGAAGACGCUUCCAAUCAGCUCCUGCGAAUGGCCCGUACAGACUCCCAUCAUGCUGUGCGCCGACAAGCCGUGGCCACCCUAUGCACAUUUAGUCAACAGGAUGCUCUGCAGCAGGCUCUGAAGUCCAUUGAUGCUGGACUUAAACUUCACCACAUGUCCCAGUGCUCUCCACUUCAGAGCAAUCACAGAUGGAUGGGCCAAGCAAAGCCAAAACAUAAUAAUAGCAGAGCAGACUCAACACCAGGGUAAAAUAUAUGAUAUAAUGCAGUAUCACCAAUAGUAAUAACUAAUGUCUUCAGUGUUGUCUGGUGCUAGAGUGUGUAUCUGACCAUUGGGGUCAAUCUGAAUGAUCUACAAAUUAGUUAUUUUUUAUUUACUUGUUUGUUUUUUGUGUAGAGUCUUUAGACUUGGUACUUUGAUUGUUUCGGGAAUGCAUUACAAUAAAAGUGGAAUGGCUUUAGCUACAGCUAAUUUGUAUUGCAGGUACAGUAGUUAAUCUGUAACACACAGUUUAGGACUAAUUUCUGUCUAAAUAAAAUUCAGUCACAGUGUAGUCCUAAAUAUUUGAGGAUAAAUCAGCAGAUGUUCAGCACAUGUACACAUUUGAUUAACCUAUGUUGUAUUUUAUACUGAAAAACUGUGGUUGUAAUUUAUUAUGAUAAACACAUUUGUAAUAUAUACUUGUAAAUAGAUUACUUUGAUCUUUUUCUAUUAAAUAUUGAAAAUGUUUUAAAAUUUGCUUGGGAACACUAACAGAAAACAAAGGGUUGGUUUAAACUGUGUUUAUCUGGAUAAAUAAAGAAAGGCUGACCUCUU